AUGGCUGCUGGGAACCUCACACAGGUCACCGAGUUCAUUCUCAUGGGAUUUUCAGACCAUCCAGAGCUGCAGGUCCCCCUGUUCAUGGUUUUCCUGGUCAUCUAUGUGCUGACGGCCACAGGGAACCUGGGCAUCAUCACCCUCACCACUGUGGACUCUCGACUCCACACUCCCAUGUACUUCUUCCUCCGACAUCUGGCUGUCAUCAACCUUGGCAACUCCACUGUCAUUGCCCCUAAGAUGCUCGUCAACUUCUUAGUAAGUAGGAAAACCACCUCUUAUUAUGAAUGUGCCACUCAGCUGGGGGGAUUCUUGGUUUUCAUUGUAGCGGAGAUCUUCAUGUUGGCUGUGAUGGCCUAUGACCGCUACGUGGCCAUCUGCAACCCUCUGCUCUACAUGGUUGUGGUGCCUCGACGGGUCUGCCUUCUGCUGGUGUCCCUCACAUAUCUACAUGGCUUUUUUACAGCAAUUGUUGUUACACCUUGUGUAUUUUCUGUGUCUUACUGCUCUAAUAAUAUCAUUAACCAUUUUUACUGUGAUAAUGUCCCAUUGUUAGCAUUGUCAUGUUCUGAUACCCACCUUCCAGAAACAGUAGUCUUUAUCUUCUCUGGGUCAAACUUGUUUUUCUCCAUGAUUAUUGUUAUUAUAUCCUACUUCAACAUUGUCCUUGCCAUUUUGAGGAUACGUUCAUCAGAAGGAAGAAAAAAAGCCUUUUCCACCUGUGCUUCCCACAUGAUGACUGUCACCGUGUUCUAUAGCACACUUCUCUUCAUGUACUUACAACCCAGGACCAACCACUCCCUGGACACCGACAAGAUGGCUUCUGUCUUCUACACCCUGGUGAUACCAAUGCUGAACCCUGUCAUCUACAGCUUGCGGAACAAGGAUGUAAAGGAAGCUUUGAAAAGAUUUCUGAAUCAUCCGUGGUAG